CCGGGCGGGCUCCAUCUGCCUCUGCUCCUGUCGCACUCCGGCUGCUCUGCCUCGCCAUGGCCGCUUCCUCCUCGGCGGCCGCGCUGCGCCCGGUCACUCACCUGAUCUUUGACAUGGACGGGCUGCUGCUGGAUACUGAGAUUCUCUACACAAAAGUGUAUGAUGAGAUCUGUAGGCGUUAUGGAAAGAGCUAUACCUGGGAUGUGAAGUCCUUGGUUCUAGGUAGACAAGCCCCAGAAGCAGCAGGAAUUAUUCGAGAACAUCUAGAUCUUCCAAUAACCAAAGAGGAGUUAUUCAAAGAAAGUCAGUCGAUGCUGGAGAAGAUAUUCCAUACUUCUGGGUUGAUGCCAGGAGUCAGUAAGCUGGUCCAUCAUUUACACAAACACAAGAUACCCAUAGCUGUUGCCACCAGCUCGGGUGUAGCAUCAUUUGAGCUAAAAACAAGCAGACACAAAGACUUCUUUAGUCUUUUUCAUCACAUUGUGUUGGGAGAGGAUCCUGAGCUGAAGCGUGGCAAGCCACAUCCUGAUCCAUUUUUGCUUUGUGCAAAGAGAUUUGACCCUCCUGCACCACCAGAGAAGUGUCUUGUGUUUGAAGAUUCACCACAGGGAAUCAAAGGAGCCCGGACAGCAGGAAUGCAAGCGAUCAUGAUUCCAGAUGAAAAUUUAGGUGAAGAGUUUAGAAAGGAGGCAACACUGGUGCUGAAGUCCAUGGAAGAUUUCAAACCAGAACUGUUUGGUUUACCAGCAUAUGAUUGAUGCCUAAUGCCUAUGAACAUGUUCUUGGCUGGAGAUAAAUUUAAAGCGAAAUGGCGUUUUAUUUCAGUUUUAUGAUUGUUUUUCAUCUUCUACUUUCUUCCUCAAAACUAGAGCACAAAAGUCCUGUUAACAUUCAGUCUUUUACACAUUACCUUUGAUAAAUUGUGUGGAAUGUUUAUGAUUUAUCCUUUUGAUAAAUGCAAUAUUAAAGCAGCAUCUUUCUGUUAAGUGAAUCCAGCCUUGUUCUAUUCACAUCAUAAUGUUUUCUGAGAAUAUUAUGGAACUAUUUAGACAAUUUAUUGUAACUGCAUUGGAAGCUCCUUUUUCUGUUUCCACUUGAAUUACUUACUGUUUACAUCUUAAUCAGAAACCUGUUCUGGAUUGCCUUUUAUCCCAUUAAAACGUUUUUGACACCAUU